CGCGUGAAUACAAAAGCAGCGUUACUUUGAAGGUAAAAUUUUGGGGAAAUUAUCAUAUCGUGGUAUGCCCACAUUAAGUCGGAAAAAACUACACCACCAGCUGGAAAAUGUUAAGACAUUUCAAAACCCAAAACUUGAGUUUGAACAGUACUGUACCUCAGCACAAGUUGCAGCGGACAUCUUGUUUAAUAUUCAAAUGACAGAUAAUGCAUUGGAAGGGAUGUCUGUAGCCGAUCUUGGAUGUGGUACUGGAAUGUUGUCUAUCGGUGCUAAACUCCUUGGAGCUAGUUGUGUACUUGGAUUCGAAAUUGAUGAGGAUGCUGUGAAUGAGUUUCAAUCAAACCUAGGAACAUGUGAAAUGCUAGAUGAAAAUAUUGAUGUUACUUUGUGUGAUGUAGCACGGCUCUUUCAUGGGAACAACAAGAAAUUUGUGGAUACAGUUAUUCUAAAUCCUCCUUUUGGCACUAACCCGAAAAAUAAUGGUAUUGACAUGGCAUUCCUACGUGCUGCGCUGUCCAUUGCCCACUUACAUGUAUAUUCGCUCCAUAAAACUACCACACGAAACAUGCUAGGGUUCAAUCUAUCACGAGUUCACAUAAUCUGCGAAUGAGAAACAAGACUCGGUGACCAAAGACCAGUAAGCUAGCUAUUGAUGCGUCCAAGCCCUGCUAACUAGAGGGAGAAGUCCAAGCUUCGAAUGGGGAAGUAUAUUCAGCAAACAGCCAGAAACGAGCGAUAACAACAAUUACAAUUAAAAACGUAUAUAUACAGUACAAAACCGUCCUUGGGGAAAGUUACCAAAUAGCAUACUAAAAGACGCAACGGACCAAUAGCAUUUAAGAUACUACCCAGUGAGAAAUACGACAUGAAGAUGACAAGAGCGCCUUUGCCGCGAAAACAAAGAAAUUCAAAUUUUCUACAUAAAAUUACAAAAUUAGGUCCUUUCCCAAGUGAGUUCUAGGGAUCUAACAUCCCCAACAAUAGAUCAUUUGUUUUUGCAGGUAAUAAAGGAUUAUAAAAUUUAUAUUACUCUAGAAAACCAAUGACGUCGUAAUAUUAUGAGUAGACUUUAGUAAUACAUCUAGCAUAUUAUUGAUAGUUCCAUUUGGAUUGAACGAAAAAUGUGGUUAUUAAAGCCGAGUGUGUAUGUAGUGAGACUGUCUUAAAAAUUACAAUGGUGAAACAAUUGAUAUUAAUUUAUGAUCGUAACUACUGGUAGACUAAAACUAGUACAGUAUAUAACGUUCCAUUACGUGAAGUCCUGAAUUCCAAUCCAUAUUCAAACACUAAUAAUCAAAGUACUAAGUGUAAUCAAUUGAGAAACAAAAUGGAAAAGCAUAUCUUGUAUAGUAAAACAGUAACAAAAAAGUGUAUGAAAAUCAACUUACUUAGUAAGAUUCAAUGGUGAGAACUUGAAUGAUUCAAACAAUUUGUUUCCCAAAUUGAAAUUUGUAUAUAACCGUACAGAUUUAAUAAAAUGAUUACAGAGAUUCAUUUGAAUACCUAAAAUUUAAUAAUUUAUUGUGAAUAAACCAGUUCCUGAGAUUGAGAUGAUGUAAACAGUCAAUAUAUUGCCAAAGUUUGAUGAAUUAAAUAGAAUAUUCAAUAUAAAACAUAUCUGAUACCUAAUCAUUAGUGUGGUGUGAGCUACUUAUAUCUACAUAAGUAGUAUAUAACGAUAGUCAGGAAUGGAAUGUAUUUCAGUAGAAGAUCGAAAAGGAAACAACGGAAACGGAAAACAAUUGAUAUGAAAAUGCAGGAACAAUGAAAUCUGAAACGAAGGACUGAUAUUUGCAAAAGGAACAGUCAAGUUUGGCACAGUUGAUUAAUAUUUUGCAAAUUAACUAUUUACGGUAUGGUUCUCAGAUUUUAGUAAGACGUUCUAUAAUAUAUAUUACGUCCAAAUAUAUUCGAUUGUCCCCACUCGUGUUCUUGUUCACUGCAUUAGGAUUAAGUGAGAGAUGAUAAUUCUUAUGAUGGUAUAAACGUUACAUAUGUAUGUUAUGAUUAGUUGAAUAAUUGAAAAUGUGACGAUUUGAAAGUAAUCCUCUGAUAAUGCGAUAACAUACAUACAUAUUAGGAUUGUGAUCAGUCAUCUACAAUGUAGGACCAGGCACGUAUAUGCAUCGGUCCAAAUUGCCACACCUCAUUAGCACGUGGCCCAAC